AUGAACCCGUAUCAAGCGCCCGGCGGUCAACAUCCGCAACACCCACCGCAGCCGCAGCGCUCACUGCAGCAUGCCCCGCUGCAAUACCAUCAUAGCAAUCCGCCGCCGCCUGCCCACGUCCACCAUUUACACCAGCAUCAUGCGCAUCCGGCUAUGCCGCACCAGGGCUUCUACCAGGACCCAAAUGCUACCCAAAUGCCUCGCCCUCCUCCCAUUCAGGGUAUGAGAGACCAUGCGCUUGAGCCCGCUCGGGCGGAGAAUGGCAGUGGCCCACUCGCCGCUCCGGGCACUCAGACUCCGGGCAAUGCCGCGGAUCAUGAACGGCCGCCGCCACAGCACCCGUCUCCUCGGGAUAUCUCUAAGUCAGAUGGAACCUGGACAUACAAACUCAUAUGCGAACAGCAGCCACAACGCGCCAGGAUGUGCGGCUUUGGCGAUAAGGAUCGCAGACCUAUUACGCCUCCUCCCUGCAUCAGGCUAAUAGUCAUUGAUGAUCAGACGAAGAGAGAGGUUGACGUGAACCAAAUUGAACAUCAGAUGAUGAUUUUGUCCGUGGAUCUCUGGAAUGCCGAAGGCACCAGUGAAUGCAACCUCGCCAAGCCGUCACCAAACUCACCGUCUACGACGGGUUCCAUGUCCACAUAUUCGUACAGAGACUUGGACAAAAAUGCUUUGGUCUAUGGUAUGGCCGAACAGCCUCACACACACGCCUACCCAUCACAACAAUACGAUGGAUUUGCCCCAGCUGGCUAUGCCGAUUACCGGUCGCAUGCAAUGCCUCAUGCCUUACCUCACAUGGUCGCGUCUCAUCAACCUGCUGCACAUGCACCCUAUGCAGCACGGUAUCCCCAGCAGAUUAGUCAAGGCCUCGGUCAGCAGCAGGACAUGGUUGCGGGACGUAACAACUCUGUAGGCGGUCAGCAGCCUAACGGAAUGUAUAGUCGCAACCUGAUUGGGAGUCUCGUGUCAAGUGGAAAUAGACUUGACGAUGUCGACGGCAAAGUUGGUGUUUGGUUCGUUUUGCAAGACUUGAGUGUGAGAACGGAAGGCUGGUUCAGGCUGCGCUUUUCUUUUUCCUGUGUCGGUGUGCCAAACACUCAAGGCAACCAGCAGACCAGUGAUCCUCUGAAGGUCAACACGGGCAGGGUACCAAUCCUUGCAGUGACUUACAGUGCGCCUUUCCAGGUUUACUCUGCAAAGAAAUUCCCUGGAGUCUGUGAAAGUACACCACUGAGCAAAUGCUUUGCCAACCAAGGGAUUAAGAUACCUAUCCGUAAGGAGGGACAGGACAACCGCCGCGCCAGGGGUGACGAUGACGACGACGAUUAG